GCCUUCCGUGAUCGACCAAAAUGCAGGCUGCGCGCGCCGUCCAGCGCGUCUCGCGGUCGCGCAAUGCGCGCGCCCUGUCCACGGUGUCCGGGCUCAAGGGCGACUACACGGUCGUGGACCACAGCUACGACGUCUGCGUCGUCGGCGCCGGCGGCGCGGGCCUGCGCGCGGCCAUGGGCGCCGCCGAGGCGGGCUUCAAGACGGCCUGCGUCACGAAGCUCUUCCCCACGCGGUCCCACACGGUCGCCGCCCAGGGCGGCAUCAACGCGGCGCUCGGGAACAUGAGCGAGGACGACUGGAAGUGGCACAUGUACGACACCGUCAAGGGCAGCGACUGGCUCGGCGACCAGGACGCGAUCCACUACAUGUGCCGCGAGGCGCCCCAGGCCGUGCUCGAGCUCGAGUCCUUCGGCCUCCCGUUCUCGCGCACGGACGACGGCAAGAUCUACCAGCGCGCGUUCGGCGGCCAGUCGCUCGACUACGGCAAGGGCGGCCAGGCGUACCGGUGCUGCGCGGCCGCGGACCGCACGGGCCACGCCAUGCUCCACACCUUGUACGGCCGGUCCCUGGCCUUCGACACGACCUACUUCCUCGAGUACUUCGCCCUGGACCUGAUCAUGGACGACGAGGGGUCGUGCGUCGGCAUCGUCGCCAUCAACAUGGAGGACGGCACGCUCCACCGCAUCAACGCGUCGAACACGGUGCUCGCCACGGGCGGCUACGGCCGCGCCUACUUCUCCUGCACGUCGGCGCACACGUGCACGGGCGACGGCAACGCGAUGGCGCUGCGGGCGGGCUUGGCCGCGGAGGACCCGGAGUUCGUCCAGUUCCACCCGACGGGCAUCUACGGCGCCGGCUGCCUCAUCACGGAGGGCUGCCGCGGCGAGGGCGGCAUCCUCCGGAAUUCCGAGGGCGAGCGCUUCAUGGAGCGCUACGCGCCGUCCGCGAAGGACCUCGCGAGCCGCGACGUCGUCUCGCGCGCGAUGACGAUGGAGAUCCGCGAGGGCCGCGGCGUCGGCAAGGACGCGGACCACUGCUACCUCCAUCUUGAUCAUUUACCCGCGGAGUUGUUGGCCGAGCGGCUCCCGGGCAUCUCGGAGACGGCCGCGAUCUUCGCGGGCGUCGACGUGACCAAAGAGCCCAUCCCCGUGCUCCCGACGGUCCACUACAACAUGGGCGGCAUCCCGACGAACCACCUCGGCGAGGUCAUCCGCCAGGUCACGGGCCCCGACGGCUCCGUCAUCGACCACGACGAGGUCGUGCCCGGCCUCUUCGCGGCCGGCGAGGCGGCCUGCGCGUCCGUGCACGGGGCCAACCGCCUCGGCGCCAACAGUCUCCUCGACAUCGUCGUCUUCGGCCGCGCCUGCGCGCUGCGCAUCGCCGACAUCGCCGAGCCCGGCGCGCCCGUGCCGCCGCUGCCCGCGGACGCCGCGGAGAAGACCAUCGCGGACGUCGACGCGAUCCGCUUCUCCAGCGGCCCGCGGCCCACGGCCGACGUGCGCAAGGACAUGCAGAAGACCAUGCAGGACCACGCCGCCGUCUACCGCACGGCCGAGAGCCUCGCCGAGGGCUGCGAGAAGAUCCAGAAGAACGUCGAGGCCUUCGCGGACAUCGGCGUCACGGACCGGAGCCUCAUCUGGAACACGGACCUCAUCGAGACCAUCGAGCUCCGCAACCUGCUCCCCAACGCGGCGACGACCAUGUUCGCCGCCGAGGCGCGCAAGGAGAGCCGCGGCGCGCACGCGCGGGAGGACACGCCCGACCGCCUCGACGACGAGUGGAUGAAGCACACGAUGUGCUACUUCGACGAGGCGACGAACAAGACGACGGUGACCUACCGGCCCAUCCACUACGAGACCCUCGACGCCGACGAGUGCCCCGUCGUGCCCCCCGUCGCCCGCGUCUACUAGGGCGACGCGGCUCCUGAAAGUACAUAACACACCUGCUGAAUC